AUGUUGUUCCAAUUACCCCCAGAAUUAAUUUCAACUACUUUAUCAAACUUCUCAUUAGAUGAGUUGCAAUAUUACUUUGAUGUUUUGGAAUUAGUAAGCAAUCCUCAGAUCAAUGACUUGUAUCUUCCUAUUCGAAAACUUGCUUUAUUAUGCUACUAUAGUGAUAAACCUUUAAUUAUAACUAAUGUUGUUACCAAGAAUCUGCACCAACAUCAUUACCCUGAAGGAGUCGAGCUUUCCAUUGAAGAGUUGCAAUUAUUGAGAAGCAAGAAUAUCAUCAUCAAACCGAAUCAAACCAAUAUUUUGAUUAACGAUGAUAGCUGUGAAUGUGGUUGUUUUAAUGUGUCGUAUAUUAAAUUUAUCGAACAAUUAAUGGAUUUAUUACCGUACAUUAACACAUGUUGUCCAACAAUAAACUUGGUUUUGAAUUUGACCACAGACAAAAUAUACAAUUUUACUAUUUUGAAUAAUUUUUUUGAUAGAAUCCAAUAUAUUGAAGUUUUAGCUAUCAAGUAUACUGGGGAUAAGAUUAUCAACUUUCAAAACUUGAAAAUUCAAAAAAUCCAGUUACAGUUCUUUAACUUGAACAAACUUUUGAGUCAUUUACAAGCCAACAACAUUGCAAAUACCCAACAUUUGGAAUUGAGAUACAAUCUGAUUAAUAGUUUAUAUUUUAUUCCUUUAAAUUCAAAUUUGGUCUCCUUAAAUUUAUCCAACAACAACUUGGUUUGUAUAAAUGAUGCCAAUUUCAAUUGGAAAAUUUUAAACAACUUGGAAGUUCUUGAUUUAUCAAAUAACAACAUUGUCGAUUUGAACUUGACUGGCAACAGUAGUUCCAAUUAUCGUUUAAAGAAGCUAAGCUUAUUUGCCAAUAGUUUAAGAAAAGUCCCAAAUUUUAACAAUUGUAAACUUUUCAGAGGAUUAGAAGAGAUUAAUUUGUCGAGAAAUUCAAUUUCUGCUUUACCAGAUAAUGUAUUUCCAAAAUCGCUAAAAUCAUUAUGGCUUAAAGGAAAUUAUUUACCAGAUUUUAUGAGUUCUUUAACUGGAAGAAUUUUCCCAAAAUCCCUUACGUAUUUGGAUUUGACUUAUUGUAAGAUUUUACCUUGUGGAAACGAACAAGAACAGGAAACAAUCCGAAGAUUAAUAGAAACCGAACAGCUUCAUCAAUUAAAAGUGUUGGAAUUGGAAUUCUGA